AACAGAAUUUGCUACAAUUUAUCCAAUUACUAUAGUUAAUACUACAAAAUAUUUUAGUGUACAGUAUAAUACAGUUUACUAUAGUAAAUACAAAAUGUUUCAUUUAGAUUUCAAUGACACAACAUCGUAAUACCACGUGAUAUCGCGGUACUUCAGCCGGUAUAGUAUCUUGUUGUUAUUCAGUAGCCUAUUUAAAGACACAUGUCGGAGUUAUUAAAAUCUACUGGUAUCCACAUGAUGAUCAGGGUGAAAAGGCUAUUUUAAUAUGAAUCGGUGCACCUUUAAAUGACAAUUGGAAAAUUGCUGCGUGUAAACACGCAUUUCUGUGAUUGGCUACAGUGCUGGCAUCAUCUUCCACUGAUCCUCCCCCAGUCUCUCCCGCAUCAGGACAAUCACUCGCAUCCCUAGAGCGCCAGCACGCCACAGCACAUUGCUUCGGAUCCAGACCACUCCAGCUCCAACAAGGCUUGAAGCUUUGACAAUACAGUGAUGGAGAGCUUGCUGGAUAACCCCAUGAAAGCCGUGCUUUAUCUCAAAGAGCUGACCACCAUUGUACAAAACCAGCAGAGUCUGAUUCAAACCCAGAGGCAGCGGAUCGACGAGCUCGAAAGGAAGGUUGAGGAUCUCAUCGGCGAGAAUCGGCAGCUGAGAGAUCCGCAUCAAUACCACCACCAUCAUCAGCACCACCACCACACAGCACCGCGUACCAGCAGCCCUCAGCCGGGCGCAAAUCCACACCAGCAUCAGGCGACUCACGGUCAACCCCAGCAGCAGCCGCCGCCGCAGCAGCAGCAACAUCCGUCCAAACAGGCGCAGCAUCCCCCGGCAGCACCAAUACAUCACCCGCAGCAUUUGCAGCUUGUUCCUACAUCCCCACCGUCUCUCAAGCCGGCUCAGUCUAGCCCGGAGUCGGCGGAGGACGAGAAGAGGAGUCCCUCUUGCAAGUCUUUGGUUCCGCAGACACCAUCGACACUGUGCCGGUCCGUCGGGCUGGCGAGGAAACCCGAGAACCAGACGGUUCUGCACCAGUUCUGCUGUCCUGCUCCGGAUGCCCCUGAGUCUGACUCUCAGGCCUGUGUCCCUAGCAGUGAAGAGCCAUCCUCCCCUCCUCCCACUGCGACACCAUCCCAUGCGGAAACUGUAUCGCCCUCACCUUGCACCCCUGAUACCAGCGCUACCCAGCCAGAGGUCCAGGUGACUCCUCAAGUUGCAGAAAGCACCACAUUAUCUGUAGAUGAAGGAGGGGGAGAUGGAGACCGAGAUGGAGGUGGAGCUCAAGAGACAGGGAGUGCACAGGUGGACAAGGAAGAGGUGGAGGUACAGGAAAUAGAACAGGAAGAAGAAAAACCCCAGGUGCCUCAGCAACCACAACUGGAACAAGAGGAGGAGAAAAAAGAGACAGAGGAGCAAGAGAGGGAAGCAACGUGUACGGGAGGUGCGGGAAGGAGGCCGAGCUUGCAUCACACUGCCUCACCAAUCAGAGUACAGAGGAAUGGAACGUGCAGCCACUCCACAACCUCGGACUAUGAACUCUCGCUCGACCUCAAAAACAAGCAGAUCGAAAUGUUAGAGCACAAAUAUGGGGGCCACCUCAUCUCACGCCGUGCCGCCUGCAAAAUCCAGACGGCCUUCCGCCAAUACCAGCUCAGCAAAAACUUUGAGAAGAUACGAAACUCCCUCCUUGAAAGUCGUUUGCCACGCCGUAUCUCCCUGCGAAAGGUGCGCGUGCAAAACACAGAGGGGAUCUCGGCUGAACGGGCACUGGCUGAAGGCUGUAAUCUUGCAAGUAUCCCGCUGGUCCGGUCCCCAUCCCUGCCCAACACAGUGGGUGGCACUCUAACUGACCUGGAGGAUUCCUUCAAUGAGCAAGUCCAGUCUCUUGCCAAAUCAAUUGAUGAUGCGCUCAGCAACUGGAGCAUGAAAACUAUGUGUUCUCUUCAAGAAAACUUCGGUACAGUUGGUGGCAAAUCCGGGAUGGCGGGGACAGAAGGUGUCCCCAUAAACCCUGUUACACUUCAGAGUGGAACCAUCCCAGCAGACAGCUCCGAGAAUGUGACCCGUAGUGCCAGCAAGCUAAUGAUGGCCUUCCGGGACGUGACUGUUCAAAUUGAUAGCCAGAACUUUCGCAUGUCCUCUUCGGUUAUGGAAUCCUCCACUUCAGUCUCUCUUGGUAAUUGUGUCCAGCAGGGGGCCACGAUUACGGAGAGCCUACAGCAAUCUCCAGUUUACAAUGCAAAGGAACAACCACUACAAGGACAACCACUGCCGCCACCACCUCCACAGGAUCCAGCUCCUGCACCUCUAGAGCUGGAUGCUGAGGAAGUACCAGAUGGCGACUUCCCAGCCCCUCCACCGAGUGAGGAGGAACUUGGGGAGGAGCCGUCACCUCUGGUGUUUGAGAAAAAAGAAUAUCCAGAAGCAACCAUUCCGGCACAGACAGUAAUAACCUCUGAUACCUUGUCUCCACCAGAGGUUGCAGAAAUGCCGGACACCCCAACUGUGGAGGUUCUAGAAGCUAAACAUAUUGAGUCAGACCUUGCGGACAACAGCUCAGAACAGAUGAGCAGUAGCAGUACAUCCACUUCAGCCCGCUCUGCUUCAGAGGUCUCAUCCAAAGAGGCUCUGCAGGCUAUGAUCCUGAGCUUGCCAAGAUACCAUUGCGAGAACCCAGUUAGUUGCAAAUCUCCGACCCUCUCCACCGAUGUCAUGCGGAAACGCCUGUAUCGUAUUGGUCUCAACCUCUUCAACAUAAAUCCUGACAAAGGCCUCCAGUUUCUCAUCUCUCGUGGUUUCAUUCCUGAUACGCCCAUAGGAGUGGCGCACUUCCUGCUCCAAAGGAAGGGGUUGAGCCGACAGAUGAUUGGCGAGUUUCUUGGCAACAGCAAGAAGCCCUUCAACAGAGAUGUGUUAGACUGUGUGGUGGAUGAGAUGGACUUCUCAGGGAUGGAAUUGGAUGAAGCUUUAAGGAAGUUCCAGGCCCAUAUCCGUGUGCAGGGUGAGGCACAGAAAGUGGAAAGGCUGAUAGAAGCAUUCAGUCAGCGUUACUGUAUGUGUAACCCAGACGUGGUUCAGCAAUUCCACAAUCCUGAUACCAUCUUCAUCCUCGCGUUCGCCAUCAUCCUGCUUAACACAGACAUGUACAGUCCCAACAUCAAACCAGACCGCAAGAUGAUGCUGGAAGACUUCAUCCGCAAUUUAAGGGGCGUUGAUGAUGGGGCAGAUAUACCUCGGGACAUGGUUGUGGGAAUCUAUGAGCGUAUUCAACAGAGGGAGCUACGCUCGAAUGAGGACCACGUCACUUACGUCACCAAGGUUGAGCAAAGCAUUGUGGGAAUGAAAACAGUUCUCUCAGUACCUCAUAGGAGACUGGUGUGCUGCAGUCGGCUGUUUGAGGUGACUGACAUCAACAAAGCCCAGAAGCAAGCUGCUCACCAGAGAGAGGUCUUCCUCUUCAACGACCUACUUGUGAUGUUAAAACUGUGUCCAAAGAAGAAGAGUACAGCUGCUUACACUUUCUGCAAGGCCAUGGGUCUACUGGGCAUGCAGUUUCACCUGUUUGAGAACGAAUACUAUCCUCAUGCGAUCACCAUUGUGUCUCCAUGUUCGGGCUCUGACAAGAAACAGGUGUUGAAUUUUUGUGCUCAGAGCGCAGAAGAGCUGCUGAAGUUCAUCGAGGACCUAAAGGAGUCCAUCGCCGAGGUGUCAGAGAUGGAGCAGAUACGUAUUGAAUGGGAGUUGGAGAAACAGCAAGGUGCCAAAACUCACUCCAUCAAGAACAACGGGACACAGCUUGAGUUGAGAGGAAGACAAGGUUCUCUUUCAGGCAAACAGGAGGUGAACACAUUACAGGGUGGACACAAUGCAGUAGAGGUGUCAAUUCACAACAGGCUUCAGACGUACCAGCUCAACGCGGCGCCGCCGAGCCCUGAGAGCGCCGCCCUUCUCAACCACCAGAGGGAGCUUUUCCAGCAGCCUCCGUUGCAAUGUGCCAGCCCCACACCCGUGCACUCCCACCAGCCCGUGGCCCUGGCCGAGAUACGACCCGACACGCUUAUCCAGUGCCAGCAAAUCGUCAAGGUCAUCGUCUUGGACAAAGGCGGGAACGGACGCAUGGAGGCGUUCCUCAGCCAGAGCCCCACUCGUCAUCAGCUCAUCCAGUCUGUGGUCUCCACGCUGGUGCAUUCUCCUGAUGGGGGAAGUAACCAGGGGGGAAAAGACGGUUCACAGCCCCCCCUACCGCCACCACCACCCCCAUAUAACCACCCACAUCAAUACAUACCCCCAGAUCCCCGUCUUGCACUGCAGAGGACCGCAAGUGGCUCUCGUAGCCUAAUGUAGAGCGUUAAAACCAACAUAGUUUUAAGAACUAAAAAAACACUCUGGGGCACUUUUGACCAUAUUUAUCUAUAUGUGUAUAUAUAUAUACAUGAAGGAAAUAUAAUGAAAAAAUGCUAUCUGUAUGCAUACAGUAUAUUUAAGAUAAUACAUUAAAGCAGAAGAUAUAAUAAUAGGUACUUAACUGACUUUGCAGAUAUGUGAAACAACCAAUAAGAUUGAAUUCAUUACUGUGUAUUUUCAAAGUUAUGUAGUUUUAAGAAGUUUAUAUAAUGGUUUCUGUCUUUCUGAAGCCUUUCUGAAGAAGUUGUAUUGUUGAGUUCUGGAAAGGAUUUCUCUGGUGCGUUUUGUUAUAGACUAAAUUAUUUCACGGAAAAUGUGACACCCCAAAAUAUUUCAAUUUCACUGCAUUUGUGUGGGAGCUGGUAUGUCAUAUCACCCUUUUAGCUUUUAUUAUCUUACUAAUGUAUCUAGUGUGUGUGAAUGUGUGUGCGUGCGUGCGUGCGUGCGUGCGUGUGUGUGUGUGUGUGCGUGUGUGUGUGUGUGUGUGUGUGUGUAUGUGUGAGCGUACAUAUGCACUUGACUGAAGAAUUAUACUGUAUGUGCCAUAAUGAGGACCCCUCCACCAUGGACUUUUGCACUGUUGAACGCUUAGGGCUAGAGCAAGCAUUUGUGCUGAUAACAGCGAUCAUUUAGAGUCCCUCUAAGGUACACGUUUAUAGAUAUUAAGCUUAAAAACGGUUUCUUCCUCCAUUUCUUAUGUGGCCAAUGUUGUAUUCCUGUGAAAUGUGAAUUACUUCUUUAUCACCUGUCUUUGAAAACGUCUUACUCCUUUUAACUUAUAUAUGUGUGUUAUUUAGAGAAGAAAAGUAGGGGGCCUUUCACGUGACUUGCGGCACUAUUUUCCCAUGCAUUAUGAUCUAUGGAAAAAAUAAAUGAAAAUGAAAAUGUUAUAACGCAACAUUUUAAGGUAAACUAAUUGUGCUUUAACUCCAUUACAUUACACGAGUGGUGUCAAGGAAAAAGCAUACAGUAUGUAUGUCGAUACAACAAGUUGUACAACACAAUCUCAUAUAAAAUUCAGAGCAAAAUUGUUGAUUCUGUUUAAAGCUAACAUACGUGUUACGUUAUUCGUUUGCUUUGGCCGUUUACCAUGUACACCAAAUUUCUUACUACCUAAAAACAACCACUUAACGUCGCCUUUCUCUGACUCUAUCCAUGGUGUUUAAUGCUUGCAUUGAACAGUGUGUUAAAGUUCCGACGCAAGUCAUCUGAAAGGGCCUUCAGUUUCUGGCAACGUAUCAUGGCUCAAUGUUAAAAAAGAGCCAGUGAAUGCUGUUUGCAACGGCUAUUGUUCUCAUGCUCAGGAAUUUCAGAGAGUACCUGAAAGAAGACUGAGACAUUUUAACGCUUGUACUUGAACUUUAUGUAGCAACCUGGAACAUAUAAGGCCCUUGUGAAGAGAGCAUUUGAUCCCAGCAACUAUCUUUGGACAAUGUAUGUUAAUCUGACAUUUUAAGAGUUGAUGAAAUGAUUGUGGAAUAUUGCACCACUAUCAUCACCGGACUCUAAAAAUGUAACGUCUACCUUAAUCAGCACUCACAACUAUAUAGAAUGCCCAAAAGACACACUUUCAGCACUAUCGAACUAUUCUGCCGUUUGACAGCUAAAACUUUGAACUUUUUUGCUAGCCAAGUGACACUUGAAAUAUCAAACGAGAUGCACAUCGUUGGCACAAAACACUUUAACCUGAAUGUCUGUCUGGUUUGAUCAUACGUUUUCAGCUGAACUGAAAAUCUAAUGGAUAGCUUUGUUUAUUUUUUGUUUUGCUUGUAUGUAGCUAUCAUGUAUCAGCAUAUAAAUCAGCAACUGCAGCCAUUUCUUGUCAUCUACACAACCUUUAAAGUCAACAUGAAAUGGCAUUGAGGACUUAUUUUACUUAAGUAAUGUGACAUGUUUGAGUGAUAGAAUUUUUUUUCUUUUAAAGUUGAACGGACUUCAUAAGGAUGUUUAAACAUGGGCAUACCAGCGCCACCACUUCUGAAGAACGUUUUUUCCAAAUGUUUUGUUGUUUUCAAGCCGGUUAUUAUUUGCAAUUAUUGGAGUUAUUAAUCUUACAUUGACGUUAGCCAACUUUCAAUUGCAGUGUUUACUAUUAACACAAUUUUAAAAUACUGUAUACUGUAAGUCACAUCAGAAGCUUAAAGCAAUGCAAAAUAGCUAUUUUUAACCUAUUGCUUACAUUAACCAGCAGUCCACGUAGCUUAAGUGACGACAACUAGAAAAGACAUUUCACAGGCACAGUGAGUCUAGAACUCAUAAUUUGAUUUCAUGUUGACUUCAAGCCUUAUUAGGUUGUAUUAACAGUAAAAACCAUUGGUGUGUCAUAUAUAGUUUUGUGUCUACUUCUCUCUGUUUUCAUAUAUGAUAGGGUGUUUGUUUCAUAAUUAUAUUGCUGCUCUUUGAAGCUCCCAAUCUGAUAUUCUCUUCCUCUACUCACUGUGUCGUUUUUCUCAUGUAGGAUAAUGAUUCAAGAUGAAAUGGACUGGUUGUUUUUGGUUUAGCGAAUACACAAAUCUCUUCAUUACCAUUACACAACCAGAUUCAUCAUGCCUUGGCUUGUCAGUUGAACAUCAUGAAAUCCUCAAAAAUAAAUGAGCCACCCGUUUCUUUCAUUA